GCACUACAAUUCAUGUUAUGAACGAUACUCACUCUGAACCUGAACGCCUUCCAGGGGCUGGUUUAGGGUAGCCUGGCAGCCCGCAAUCUACUUUCAAAGCUGCACCGCGACGCGACCUGCGCGUCUGACCGUAGCUCUCACUCUUUGUUCGCCUUCACAUUCCUCAGUCAACCUCCCGGCUCCCGUAUCUGUCCUUGCGAACCGAAUUCCCCUCCCGUCUGCUUCAAUCGCAUUUGCCGCCGCCAUCAUGUCACGCAGACAGGUAAAAGGCGACUAUAUCGAGACGGAAACCGGCAACAAGGUCUCCCGCAAGGCCAACCUCCUCGGCACGCAGAACAUGGUCCUCGGGGGCAAAGUCGUCAUCCAGCCCGAAGUCAUGAUCCGCGGCGACCUCGUCCGCACCGCCCCGUCCUCCUCGUCCUCUGGCGGCACCACGGCGCCCAGCACGACCGCCAUCCAGACCGGCCGCUACUGCUUCUUCUCCAAGGGCGUCGUGCUCCGACCGCCCGGGCGCCGGUACAAGGGCCAGUUCUCGCACAUGCCGAUGCGCAUCGGCCACCACGUCUUCAUCGGCCAGGAUACCGUGGUGCAGGCCGCGACGAUUGGGGACCACGUGCGCAUCGGCAAGAACUGCGUCAUUGGGGAAUUCGCCAUCAUCAAGGAAUGCGUCGAGGUCCUCGACGGCGCCGUCGUGCCACCGAACAUGGUCAUCCCCAACUACUCCAUCGUGGCCGGGCAGCCAGCCAGGGUGGUGGGCGAAGUGCCGGAAGGCGGGGGGCCCGAAGAGAAUGGCCUCCGAGGGCUGUACAGCACUGUCGGAAACAAUCCGCAGAAUCCCGAUAUGUAGGCUGCCCACUCUCAUUGUGGACUGCGGACCAUACAUACAGCCUCGCACGGGAACUACGCGCAUCGCAGCAUACCAAUGGUGUCUUGCGGGCUGUGUAGCAACAGCGGCAAGAGAGACAUGUCACCCGUCAUGCGCAAGGGCUAUCGUGGCUGCAGUAGUCUCACAAAGAUGCUGUCUGCACGAGAAGUCACGUACACGAUGCAGUAGCUCUGCAUUGGACGCUUCGUGUCGUCCACUCGGGAUCUGAUGGGCUUGAUACCUAUUUCCUGCACAAUCAUCUG